CCACCACCCGCCAUUCCCUUUCUCUAUCAUUUUCUCGCUCACAGAAUAUUUUAUAUAUACUAUAUAGAUCCUACAAUGGAUGUUGUUAGAAGAAUACAUAAUGACCGCAGUGAUCUAGAUGAGGAUACAGAUCCAAUACUGGAGGAUUCAUAUAAAGUUGGAUACGAAGGACCUAAGAAAGUUCCGGAAACGAGAAGAUGUAAAUAUGUAAUUGAACCUUUAAUAUUUUUAGUUUUUUCUGCUGCGUCGUCUAAACCGGCCAUUGUAGCUCAAUUUGUUCAAAGUUCACUGCAAAAGAAUUUAACGGAUAAUUUAACAAAUAAUAACGAUGAUCAGACAGAAGCUGCUCAAUUCCUUUUAUUAGUCAAUGUCUUUCAUAGCAUUCCCACUCUUAUCACAAUUACUCUCCUCGGGCCAUGGAGCGAUAUGAUUGGAAGAAAACCUGUCAUGUAUAUAGGACUAAUAGGAUUGAUUUUGGACACUCUAAUUGCUGUCCUAAUUGUCGUAUUCGACGGCAAUAUUUACUAUUUGUACGUCAGCAAGGCGAUUAGCGGAUGUUGCGGAGGAGUAAAAGGCUUUUUGUUUGGCUCUUUUUCCUAUAUAGCCGAUAGAAGUCCCAUAGGAGAUCGAGCAGUGCGAAUCGUAGUCGCCGAAGGAAUUAUGAUCCUUAUAUCUGCUAUAGUAUCGGUUUGCAUUGGUUUUUGGAUAGAUGCAUCAGGAUUCGUACUACCAUUUACGUCAAUUUUAUCAAUAUACGUGAUUUCGUUGCUGUACCUAAUCUUCGUACCAGAAUCUUUAAUACCACCACCACAAGUUAAUAGACUUCGUGUGCUAAUCCGAUUUAGUCAUUUUAGAGAUUCUUUCAAAAUUUUCCUCAUUCAAGGCCGAAAAGGAAUACUAAUUAAAAUUUGUUGCGCAGCAUUCUUCCUUAAUUUGUUGGCAUUUAGUGGAAAGUUAAAUGUCUUAUUUCUAUACGUAAUGAGACCACCUUUGAACUGGGAUCCUAUCGAUAUUGGUAUAUAUGCAGCUGUAUCUACAAUAAUUAUUAUCGGUUUCCGCCGUCGGAAUGUUAAGUAGCUGCCUAUCUCAUUUUACCCAGGCUGUAGCCUUUAAAACAUGGGUCAUGUACAUCGGUGUGAUAGCGGGCAGCGGAACUCUGGUCGGAUUUCCUGUGAUAAGAGGUUACCUGUCACUCCUUGUCCCGAACACACAACAAGGGGCUUUAUUCUCCGGAACUUGCUUCGUAGAAACUCUAGCUGAUUUAUUUGGCAAUAUAAUUUUUGGCCUGAUUUAUGCCCAAACCUCCAAGACAACCUAUCCAGGCUUAGUGUUUAUUGUAGCGGGUCUAAUUGGUAUCUUGAGCGUCAUUCUAGCAAGUUUCGCUAGUCGAAUAGAAAAAGGACACGAAGACGAGCUUAUUGUAGAAGACGAAGACUAACAGCCGAACAGCCCUGAUAAGGAACAAAAAACAAAAGCAAUAAUUAAUAGCAAAGCUAAAUAAUAAAGCUUAUGAAUAUUCAAUUUAGAUUAAAUAAAAUUAAGAACAAAAUACAAUAUAUACUGUA